AUAGACACCGGCGAGCUCGUUAGCUGGAUACCAGGACCGAGGUCGGAGUCGCCAUGUUCCUGAACACGGCCCCUCCUCGGAGAUCGUUUAGCAUCCCAAUUAACAUCAACCUGCAGGGUGCACGCAGGCGGCAGGCGCGAGAGCUCCUCCACACAGUGACGGCCCAGGAGCAGGAGAGGAGCAGAGGUGGGGACGGACAUGGGGGCCACCAGGUCAAGACCCAGAUGCCGGUGUCAAGUGUCGGGGAGGACCGAGCCAUCCUCUUGGGCUUCGGCAUGAUGGCAUUCUCCGUGCUCAUGUUCUUUGUGGUCGGCAUCACUACGGUCAAACCCUACAUUAACAGCAAGUGGGAGGAAGAAGACGGCGGAUGCAUGCUGCUGCGCACCGGAAUCCUGGACGAGUGGGUGGACUGCAGAGGCGUGAGCGCCGUACCGUGCCUCACGGCGACCGUCAAUCUUGUGGCCGCCAAUCGAAGCGCCGUUCUGCAUUUUGACGAGGAGUCCGUGCUGUUUACGCCAAAGUGUUUCUACGAGCCCAAAUGUCAUAUGGACAAAAUGGAACUUGAAGGCGAAGUCCUGACGGUAAAAAGCAACUUGGACUCCUGGUUGGGAAGCACCUUCUUAUGCUUGUCGGACCCCACAAAGCAUCCGGGGGAGGUCAUCCUAAACAAGAAGUACACUCUAAAGAGGACCCUGUUCGCACUGCUCUGGCCCAGUCUGAUGCUGGGCGGCGGAGCCAUGCUGGUAGGCCUGGUGAAGCUGACACAGUGCCUUGCUCAUCUGUCCUCGGAGAUGGCAGCAGGGGGCAGACUGGCUUCAAAAUACACUUCUGGCAGUAUUUUCUACAAGUUCAUCCACAAUUCCACCGCAUCCUCUACGAUGUGACUUAUCCUGGAACUGACGAGUGUGCAAUUUCUGCACACUCGUCAUGUUUGCUUCGGUUCGGGGAUGUUUGCGUCCCUGGUGCGGUUUGAUUAUUUAAAAGGUCAUCCGAAACCUUGCGUGCACCGAGCCGAAAGAGAGGCGUCUCGGUGAACUCGCCGACGGAAGACAGAAAGACAGCUAAAAGCAUGCAGAGAUGACAAAAAAUUAGGUUGAGGUGCUUUGCAAUUGCGCUAUUUAAAAGUAUAUUUUCAAAGCUUUUUGUGAACUCUAAGCAGGCAAGGACGGCAGAAUAUAGAAAUAACUUACAAACGUCAAAACCAGUGAAGUUGGCAUCUUGUGUAAAUGGUAAAUAAAAACAGAAUACAAUGAUUUGCAAAUCCUUUUCAACCUAUAUUCGAUUGAACAGAACAUUAUCACCAAACCUAUGCAAGCGUCAAUAUAUACCUUGAUGUUGCAGAAAAAAGACCAUGUAUUUUUUUCACCGAUUUCCGAACUCUAAAUGGGUGAAUUUUGGCAAAUUAAACGCCUUUCUGUUUAUCGCUCUUUUAGAGAUGACGUCAGAACGUGACGUCACUGAGGUAACACACCCGCCAUAUUCAUUUUCACAUUACAAACACCAGGUCUCAGCUCUGUUAUUUUCCGUUUUUUCUACAAUUUUUUGGAACCUUGGAGACAUCAUGCCUCGUCGGUGUGUUGUCGGAGGGUGUAACAACACUAACAGGGAGGGAUUCAAGUUGCACCUUUUGAUGCGAAAGUGUCUGCCGCCAGACCCCCAUUGAAUGUACCAGAGUGUCUUCACAUUUGACCGGCGAUGGUAAGGCAGAAAUGGCACAGAGAUGUAUGGAUA